AAUUAUUUCACCUAUCCUUGGUGACAUCAGGUCAUGGACCGACUGGCUGUCAGCGUCGUAUGAUGCGGGGAGCGAUUAAUAACAGCAUACCGGUAGGUAUAAUACAAUACAAUAGAACAUAUAUAUAACCUGAAUAACCCCCCAAGCUAUCUAAUCCACACAACCCACAUUAUUAGGUUCAAUCAGUUUACUAGUAACAUUGAGGAUUGACGUCAAGUAAUCCACCCGAUUCGACCGACGCCGUCCCGGUAAAGGACUACUCUAACUUAUCACCAACCCCUCUCUCUUUAAUCGAGCGCCGGGACACUGGAGGCGGCAAGCUCGGUUCGGACCGGAGCGAGCCCCGCUUGAUUCGGCCGCCGCAUUCGCAUUCUUUGGAGAGCGAGGGUAACACGAAAGUACUAUACGUACUGUUAUGCAGCGUUCGGAUCUUCGUGAAAAAAGCAAUCAGAGGGGAACAAGCACAUGGAGACAUGAGUUCUAAAGGUAUAAAAAGGCACAUAUAUCAAAGCUCGCUGAUUCGUCUACCCUACCCAGUCAGCUGCACUUCGCCAGAUUCUACUUGAAGCUCCUUCAAAAGUCCCAAAUUUCCAUUUAUCAAAAGAGACAGACACUUUCUGUAUCAAUCCCCAUCACCACCACAGCACCAUGGACCAUCUUCAAACGGCGCUGCGCAACGUGGGCACCAACCCCCACCGCCUGAUCUACACGACAACAGCCGCAACAGCAGUCGUCGCGCUCCUCGCAUACAGCCGCCACUGCUACGUAGCCUGGCACGCCCUCGGCGAGGGCGGGAUCCCCCAUUCGCCGCGGGGUUGGCUUCUCAACGUCUUAGCGCACCUGGUCGCGCGGCGGGAUCCGCGCGCCGUCCCAGCCCCUUACGAGAAAAGCACCCCUUCCCCUUCCGCCACAACAUUCAGCCUCUCCGCGACCGAAGAAAGCCGCUACACGCCCUACGCCAAAGAAUCCCACCUCAAACCUCUCCCGCCGCGCUCCUCCCCGCGCCCCCUCGUCCCAGGGACCGUGAUCCCCCAACGCCAGACGUCAGAGACGGCCUCGAGCAGCACCGUCUCGCGACAGAACGCAUACCUCGCCUCCCUCGCGCGCAGCAACCCCUCGCUCUUCGCCAUCAAGCCGAGCGCGUUGGAAUCUCCCAAGUUCACAGCCCUCUGGCUUUCCCCUUCCCCGUCUCCUUCAUCGUCCGCGUCGGAGAACGUGGAUCUCGAGCAGGCGAAAUGGCUUCCUCCCCGCGCCCGCGGGGAGACGGCCCACGUGCACGCCGAGGGCAGCGCGCACGUAUGUCUGAGUCUCCCCGACGCCGCCGAGGUCGUGCGCAAGGGGUGGGGCGAGAGACAUCGGAUGUCCGGGGUCGGGACGAUGCUGCCGUGGGGAUACGUUCUUCUCUACGCGCCGCGCGAGGACGAGGGAAAGGGUGGUAGUCAUGAGGACUGGCAAGUUUGGAAGACCAUCGUCGUAGCUGCUGCGCGCGUCGUGGCGAAAAGCGCUGGGUUUGAGGGUGAGAUUGUUGUGCCUGAGUGAGUACUAGUUAGUGGGUAUGGGUAUGGGUAAAUACGUAAGGAGGGGAGUAUUAUGUUGUGAAUCCGCUAUGGGAGCAGGAUAGGAUCAGUCAAUGCAGUAAGUAAGUAGUUCAGGGUAAUCUCGCUUGGGAUGACGAUGUAGCGAAGGUAUUCCCACCAGGAUGAUAUGAUGACAAUGCCUCAUAGUUAUAAUAUGUGAAAGGGGAAGGCUUUCUCAAUCGUAAUGUCAAGAUUCAUGUCCAAGUUGAAAUACGAUCAAGAUGAUUGUAGUAGUACAGAAUAAGAUGGUCAAUAUUUCGUUGGAGCCACUUAUGCAUAUACCGAAACUCGAAUUCCCCUUUUUGGUUACUUU